GCUGGAGGCCUUGAGUCGUAGCUCACUGCCCCGCCUGCCCACCCACCCCUCUCCUUUCCUCUCCCCCUCCCCCCUCCUCAUCGGAGUCCUUCCCACCCCCCGCACACCUGCUGUGUGCCUGCGCUCACUGAUGACAGCGUGGAUCGUCCUCCCCGUCAGCCUUUCUGCCUUCUCGAUCACGGGAAUAUGGAUCGUGUAUGCCAUGGCAGUGAUGAACCACCACGUGUGCCCUGUGGAGAACUGGUCGUACAAUGAGUCCUGCGCUGCUGACCCCGCCAAGCACGGCUACCCCAAAAGCUGCUGCACCUUGGAGGACAUCCCUUUGAUCAGCAAAUGUGGUACCUACCCUCCUGAAAGCUGCCUCUUCAGCCUGAUUGGCAACAUUGGAGCUUUCAUGGUGGUGGUGAUCUGUUUCCUGCGCUACGGACAGCUGAUUGAGCGGAGCCACCGUUCCUGGGUGAACACCACGGCACUGGUCAUGGGUUGCACCAAUGCUGCCGGCCUCGUCAUUGUCGGCAAUUUCCAGGUGGACUACGCCAAAUCUCUCCACUACAUCGGAGCUGGAGUUGCCUUCCCAGCGGGCCUCCUUUUCGUCUGCCUCCAAUGCGCCCUCUCGUACCACGUCGCCGCCUCUGCCCUGGACUUCUGGGUGGCACACCUGCGUGUCUUCCUCACCGGCGUGGCCUUAAUUUCCCUCGUCCUCAGUGGGAUCUUUUUCAUCCACGAAAGCUUCCUCCUGCAGCACCUGGCGGCCAUCUGCGAGUGGAUCUUCGUCAUCGACAUCCUGGUCUUCUACGGAACCUUCGCCUACGAGUUCGGCGCCGUCUCCAACGACACCAUGGUGGCCGCGCUGCAGCACUCGCACAGCAGGGGGUGCAAGUCCCCCGGCGGGAGCAGCACCUCCACGCACCUGAACUGCAACCCGGAGAGCAUCGCCAUGAUCUGAGCGCGGCGGGCACCGUUGCCCAGCCUGCAGCUGCGGCAGCUGCCUUGUUUUCCCCCAGUGGGGGCCGAGGGGCACCUUCUUCCACUGGGUAAUUCUACGUUUGCAACAACCCCCCCACUUUUUAAAAGUAAUGGUUGCCAGCACUAGCCCCCCCUUGGUCCAGGCGGGCACCUCCGUGCCUCUCUCAGACCAGGCGCGAGAUGCAUCGGGAAGGCUGGGCCCCGCAGCCAGCCCUGGGGGGGCCUGGACUGCAGCGGCUGUCCUGCUUUUCCUCGCCGGUCCGGCUUGCCGUCGCGCACGGUCCUCCGGCCACCCCGAGGCCAUCGAAUUGGCGCCCCGGGGAGCCACACUGGGCUCCAGCCAUGCUCUCCGCACUCCCGGCUCCAGCGUCCCACAGAGGGCCGUCCAGGUGCCCGCCAACGGCAGCUGCUCACCGGCGCGCCUCCCUGCCUUUCCCUGCCCACCUUCCCUUUGGAGCAAGUACACUGACCAGGAGCGAGGGGGGAGCGGUGCGCAGGGAUGGGGCGACGACGGAAGAGGCAGCUCCCCGUGCCAGGCCUUCCCGGGAGACGCCGCUCUGCGCACUUGGCCUUGCAAAAAUGAGCCAGUGCCCCCGGAGCACGGACGCGUUGCCAAGCAGGGCCUGCUGUAGGGGAGCGACCGGCCGGCCGAGUCCUCGCUCCACGCGGCCACACGCCCCUAUGAGCGGACUUCCCCGAAGGCGGAGAGGAGCGCUUCUGGCCCUCGGCCCCGAGCGGCUGAGCUGGUGGCUUGGUGUUUUUUAGAACUUUUUUAUAUCUCGCUAUAUAAACGGUGUAUAAAGAGUUGCCUCAAAGCA